AGUGAUAGUGGUUUUUGGUGAUGUGUUCUCAUCUGCAUUCUGCGUUACUUGUUUCUACUAUAUAAAUUACUCUAUAAUAGUUAUUAGUUAUUACCUUCAUUACAGUGAAACGAAUGACGUCGGCGGCUAUUCAAUACGAACAUUAUACUACGAUGCCAUUCUGAAUCGACGGCGACUACAACAUAUUACUUACCGAUCGCUCUACAGACGUCCGUCUCGCGUAUACGCAUAUACAUGACAUUGGCGGUAUUCUGCCGUCGCGUUCAACCGUCACCUCCGGACACUGGCCAGGACGAUCUAGUGCUGUUAUGAUAGUGCUGUUUGUGCGCAGGUAGACUAGGAAAGUUUUUGCUCUCUAUCUCUUCUCCAACUCGUUCCGCCGUCAUGUUUCGCAGCAAGUUUCGUCUGCAUACUUGCAAGAUAAUCGUUGCCACGUCGCUGCUGUGGAUCUUCAUCGACAUCAUGAUACUCAUGUACUACACCGAUUGCAUUGGUCCUAAUUGCAAGGCAAAAAGCACCUCUGUAAGUAAUUCCGACAACAGUGCUGAUGAUGUGUUUGACGUCACCGCAGCACCACGCAUGGGGUGGGGACCUGUGCAGGACAACAUGCUUGAGCGUUUCAAGCACAGUGGCGAUCAUAGUGAUGACACGACAUAUCCUAGUCACCUGUUGAUGCGUUGGAAGCCAAUGCCUCCAGUGCGUGAAAAGCGCGGUAAACACGGUGAAGGAGGACGAGGUGUCACAAUGAAACCUGAACAAGAAGCCUUGAUGAAACAAAAAUUCAAAGAGAAUCAGUUUAACAUAAUAGCUAGCGAUAUGAUCUCAUUAAAUCGAUCUUUGCAAGACAUAAGACAAGCAGAAUGUAAAAGUAAACAAUAUCCCUCAUUGAUGCCCACCACUUCAAUAGUGAUUGUGUUCCACAAUGAAGCGUGGUCCACUCUUUUGAGGACUGUAUGGAGUGUCAUUAACCGAUCACCUCGAUCUCUCUUAAAAGAGAUCUUGUUGGUAGAUGAUGCUAGCGAAAGAGAUUUUUUGGGAAAAAAAUUGGAAGACUAUGUUGCCACUCUUCCCGUAGAAACUAAAGUACUAAGAACAGAAAAACGUUCUGGUUUGAUAAGAGCUCGAUUGCUUGGAGCCAAACAUGUUACAGGCCAAGUGAUAACAUUUUUGGAUGCACAUUGUGAAUGUGCUGAUGGUUGGCUUGAACCACUUCUAGCCAGAAUUGUACUAAACCGAAAAACUGUUGUGUGUCCAGUAAUUGAUGUUAUAUCAGAUGACACAUUUGAAUAUGUUACUGCAUCUGAUAUGACCUGGGGUGGAUUCAAUUGGAAAUUAAAUUUUAGGUGGUAUCGAGUUCCUCAAAGAGAAAUGUCACGACGUAACCAAGAUCGUACAGCACCAUUAAGAACUCCUACGAUGGCUGGUGGACUAUUUUCUAUAGACAAAGAUUAUUUUUAUGAAUUAGGUUCAUAUGAUGAAGGAAUGGAUAUAUGGGGUGGUGAGAAUCUUGAAAUGUCAUUCAGAGUGUGGCAAUGUGGCGGCACACUGGAAAUAAUACCAUGUUCACACGUAGGUCACGUAUUUCGUGACAAGUCGCCAUACUCAUUUCCGGGAGGCGUAUCGAAAAUCGUGUUACACAAUGCAGCCCGUGUUGCUGAGGUUUGGAUGGACGAAUGGCGAGAUUUCUAUUAUGCAAUGAAUCCAGGUGCAUCUAAUGUUGAGGUUGGAGAUGUUUCUGAACGUUUGGCUUUAAGAGAAAAAUUAAAGUGCAAGUCUUUCCGUUGGUAUUUGGAAAACAUUUAUCCAGAAUCGCAAAUGCCACUUGAUUACUAUUAUCUAGGAGAAAUAAAAAAUGUUGACUCCCAACAAUGUCUUGAUACAAUGUCGCGAAAAAGUGGUGAAAAAGUUGGCAUGAGUUAUUGUCAUGGUCUUGGUGGCAAUCAAGUUUUCGCAUAUACUAAACGAUCACAAAUUAUGUCUGAUGAUAAUUGUUUAGAUGCUUCCAACAUUGUCGGACCAGUUAGUCUAAUUAGAUGCCAUGGUCUUGAGGGCAAUCAAGCAUGGGUUUAUGAUUCAAAAGAGAUGACAAUAAAACAUAAAACCACAGAUCAAUGUUUGGAGCAUUCAAUGUCUGCUGAUCAGUAUGCUGCCAUAUUAAAUGAAUGUGAUGGUUCACGUAGCCAACAAUGGACAAUGAAGAGUAAUUUUCACUGGCAAGCUAGCUCAAGAUAACACAAUAAAAAAAUUCCAAGUUUAGUUAUUAAACAGAUGUAUGGGGUAGAAUAUCAGUGAUAUAUAAAUAUUUUACAUAGUUUAAAAAAUCUUUAUUAUUAAAAAGAUACUGUCUUAGAAAAUGUCUUAUGUUUUACUUUUAUUUUUUUAAAUAU